AUGUCACAAUUUAUUGAUUUAGUCAAAAGAGGUGGCAAUGAAGCCAUCAAAUUGAAUCCACCAACUGGUGCUGAUUUCCACAUUACCGACAGGGGUUCUGAUUGGUUAUUUACUGUCUUCUGUGUUAACAUUUUAUUCAGUUUAAUCUACACAGCUCUAAUGUUCAGAAAGCCAGUAGGUGAAAGAAAAUUAUACUACACUGCUAUUGCUCCAACUUUCUUUAUGGGUAUUGCUUACUUUACAAUGGCUUCCAAUUUAGGUUGGACUCCAAUUAAGGCCGAAUUCAACCAUGUCAAAACUUCGACUCAAGAAACUCAUCCAGGUUACAGACAAGUCUUUUACGCCAGAUACGUUGGUUGGUUCUUAGCUUUCCCAUGGGUUAUGGUUCAAUUGAGUAUUAUUGGUAACACUCCAUUACAACACAUCUUCUUCAACGUCGCUUCUACUGAAGUUUUCGUUGUCGCUUGGUUGAUUGGUUCUUUAAUUCACUCUACUUACAAAUGGGGUUACUGGGUCUUUGGUAUUGCUGGUUCAUUCACUACCUGUGUCUCUUUAAUGACCACUACCAGAAACAUCAUGAAGAAGGAAAACAAAGACAACGGUGUCCAUCAAGUUUUCACUAUCUUGGUUUCUGUUGUUAUGUUCUUAUGGUUCGUCUACCCAGUUUCUUGGGGUUUAUGCGAAGGUGGUAAUGUUUUACAACCAGAUUCUGAAAUGAUUUUCUACGGUGUUUUAGAUUUAUUAAUGUUAUGUUUCGUUCCAUUCUUAUUCAUCUUGUUCUCCAAUUACUUAGGUGACAGAAUUCGUCCAAAGAAGCACGAUGACAUUGAAAAGGUUUUAUCCUCUCCAAGUCUAGGUUCUCCAAACAUGAACUCUCCAACUCCAGUUCCAUCUCCAGCCGCUGCUACUCCAAAGGCUGAAAAGAAGAAGCACAAGAAGAAGCACAGUAAGAAAUAA